CAGCAAGAUCAGAUAGAUAUAGCAUGUCUAGAGGUUCGUAGCAUAAGGUAUCUGGCAAUACUCACUGAGGAUAUCACCCGGAAUACAGUAUCUGACCUACGGCUCUUUUAGACUGAACGUUUCGAUUCUUCGAAAAAGAGAUUUCUCGGAAGUAUCUUUGGAUGUCGGCCUUUACGGGCCAUCUAUAAAGAAAGACAUCUCUAUUCGUGGAAGGGGAUUUCUAGUCUGAAAAUGGCUGAUAAGGACGUGAAUGACGUCAAUCCUAUCAUCGGAGACAUUGAGCUCGAGACGUACGACCCCGCUGUUGAGAAAGGGGGGAACGUUUUCCGUCAGCCCGACGAUGCGGACACGAGCACCAUAGGGGAAGAGAUCUUCCACCCAGAAAGUAGGAAGAAAAAGUCGCUGACGAAGUCCCUGCUAAAGGGAUUCAUCGUGGUUGCAGUCGUAGUCGUCAUCGUUGUCGCAAUCAUCUGCCUUGUCAUUUUCCUUGGUCCAGAAAUAGCAGGGCCCACAACAAAGGCGCCACCAAGAUCAACAACAACUCCAGCUCCAACCGUCAUUCCGGGAGUAGUAGUUGGCGAUGUGAACGUCAAAGUGUCUGCCACCCUGAAUGGAAUAGUAUUCAUUCCAGAGUUUAGUGACCCCUCGUCUACUGAAUAUAUGGAGUUUGCGAGCAAGACGGAAGCUGAGAUGAUGAACGGACUACAGAAUGACAAUAUGAUUGGCGACUUCGUAAACAAUGUUACUGUGACAAGUUUAAGUCCUGGGAGUAUUGUCGUGGUUGCAGAAAUCGUAGUUUCUGGUGACGUCGCGACGGCCUUACCUGGAACUGGAGACUCCUCAUCAGCAUUUGACGUUCAGCUUGAAAUAGCGAAUCAGGUGUCUGACGCCACCAACGACGCUGUUAUGCAAUCACUGUCCAACAAUGACAACCUUGGAUCGACAGAUGUCCAAGUUGAAAUUUCAGAGGUAUCUGUUCCAGUAACAGCCGGUGGCACGAAUCUACCAGAUACCAUCACGCCUGGAGAAGCUUGCAACGAAGGAUUUUUCCGCUGCAACGACGGCACAUGCAUCACUCAAUCGUUAAGGUGUGAUAAUGAGGAGCAAUGUUCGACUGGGGAGGAUGAGCAACUGUGCGAAUCACCAACAGAAGAGACCACAACAGCGACACCUACGACAACAGUUACCAUGGCUCCAACAGUAAUUCCUGGAGUGGUCAUCGGGGAUGUGAAUGUCAAAGUUGCCGCCACCUUGGAGGGAGUCGAUUUCAUUUCCGAGUAUAAUGAUCCUUCCUCUACUGAAUACAUGACUUUCACUGGCACAGUAGAAACUGAGCUGAUGAACGGAUUACAGAUCAAUGGCCAGCUCAUGGAUUACAUAACUGAUGUGACUGUGACGGGUCUAAGCCCUGGGAGUGUCAUCGUGGAUGCAGAUAUUGGGGUCUCAGCAGCGAUCGCGAUGUCUCUAUCCGAGGAAUCUAAAAACACCAUGUCAGCCUUCGAAGUUCAGCUGGCAGUAGCAAAUCUGGUAUCUAGCGCCAUCAACGAUGCUGUUAUGACAUCACUCUCUAAUAAUCCUCAACUUGGUUCGUCAGAUGCUCAAGCUGAUAUCAUAGAUGUACGUGUUCCAGUAACCGUCAAUGGUAUAAGCAUCCCAGAUAGUGUAACGCCAGGGGAUCCUUGCGCUGAUGGGUUUUUCCGCUGCACUGACGGUACCUGCAUACAUGAAACCUUGAGAUGCAACUACUUUGAUCAAUGUCCAAUGGGAGAAGAUGAGCAAUUAUGUGGUGAAUGCGAAAGUGAUGAGUUCAUGUGUGACAACGGCAAAUGUAUACCAGAGCAAUGGCAAUGUAAUUUUUACCUCAAUUGUGGUUAUGACAACGGCAUGUACAACUACGAAGACGAGAUUGGCUGCGGACAAGGGGAGAUAGAAAACAUCACCCUUGUUCAAGGGACACCGGUGCUCGUCCAGCCCCCAUCCUACCCCAACCCAUACCCCGCUCUUGAGAACCGUUACUGGGCUAUCACCACGGAAGACCCUGACCUCAUCAUCGGAUACACUUUCAUUACAUUCGACCUUAGACUUUCGGCCAGACUGAACUUUGAAAACAGAACCACGGGUAUAAGCCAUCCAUCAAACGAUUUGGCGUUCUAUUAUUACCGCUUUGAACCGGUUCCAGGAAGAGUUUAUGCUCUACAGACCAACGCUGCAUUUAUGUUCUUCUAUCCUGGCACACAUCCUGGCGGAACGGGAUUUGAAAUUGAAUUCAACGCCAUUCAUCCGUCUACAUAUACACCUGUUCCGUGUGACCUUGGACAGUUCCAGUGUGCCAGUGAUGGGGAAUGCAUCCCCAGCUACUAUCAGUGUGACGAUUACUACGACUGUUCAGACAAGUCAGACGAAAUUCCAGAGGUUUGCGCCAAUAUGCCCCCUCCAGGAGAGUGUGUUGCUGGCAACCAUCAGUAUCAGUGUGCAGAUGGUGAGACAUGCAUCCAUGCUGCCUGGGAAUGUGAUCACUAUGAAGAUUGUCCCGGUGGAGAUGACGAACAUCAAAAUUGUCCUUGUGAUUCAAAUAGUACAUUCCGAUGUUCGCCCGAUGAGAGGUGCUUUCCAGUUGCCUGGAUGUGCGAUGGGUAUCCCGAUUGCGCCGAUUUUUCUGACGAAUCAUCGUGCGGGGGCCCAGAUUCUAUAGAUGCCCGGGUUUUAAGUCCAGGACAAACCAUGAAUUUCACAUCUCCCAACUAUCCUAGUGAUUACGGGAUGAACGUAUACUAUGCCUUCACCUUCCAAACAAUCGAAGGAUAUAGAAUUCGGAUCAACGUUUAUGACUUCUCCACUGAGAUUGGAGGGUAUGCACUGAUAGGGGAUGGAUUCGAUCCGAACGAUUUUUACUCAAGUUUACUCUACCUGGACUACACGAGUGAAGUCCCAAGCGUAGCACCAAUAUCGGUGAUAUCGACUUCACAUGCAAUAUGGGUGAAACUGCACGGGGGCCCGUAUGGAUUCAACAGACUAUAUGCAUCGGCAACGUCAACAAAUGAAUGCAUUGAAAACGAGUUUGAAUGUCCAGAUGGCUCUUGCAUACCUUCAUAUUACUUAUGUGACUUUUAUCCCGAUUGCAAUCCGGGAUACACGGAUGAGCUGAAUUGCCCAGAACACCCUACCAUUGUUCACCAAGAUGUCUUAGUGGAUGCUUCCUACAACUUCACGUCUCCGCUCUAUCCUGCAAACUAUUCUGGCAACAGCACAUUCUUCCCCUACACCUUCUCAUCCUCUGACCCAAGCAAGCACAUCAUGUUUGAGUUCUCCUUCUUCCAAGUCGGCGUAGGCAGCGCUCUCUCGUUCGGGACGGGGCACGAUUAUUACAACUUCGCGUCAUUAUUCGAUGUGUUCCACUCAAACUUGGCUCCUACGACUGUAUACGCACCAUCAGACCGAGUAUGGGCCGACUUCUAUUCUGGUUUCACAGAUGCUCCAGGAUUCUUUGCCACUGUAUCGACGUAUACUGCUGGUCUCAUUCCUCCCCCAGUGGUCUGUGAUUCUAGCCAAUGGGCAUGUCACGAUGGACUGUACUGUAUUCCACUACGCUAUCGAUGCGAUGGUCAUCGGGACUGUCCUUCUAACGGAGAAGACGAACAUGGAUGUUCUUCAAACUGCAGGGAGUAUGAAUUUGAAUGUAAGAACGGUGAAUGCCUUCCUGAGCAUUCCCAGUGUAACGGCCUAGAGCAGUGCUCAGAAGGAGAAGAUGAAAUUGGCUGCGGAACCGAAGGAGAAUGCAGUGAUCAGCAGUUCAGAUGCAACAGUGGUCUAUGUAUCCCAGAUAAUUUGAGAUGUAAUUACUUUUACAACUGCCCGGACCUUUCUGAUGAGUCACCUGAAGAAUGCGGAGAGUUUUGCAACGAGUUAGACCACUACAGAUGCACAUAUGACGGUAUGUGUAUUCCCCGGUAUUGGCUCUGUGAUUACUACACGGACUGCAUUGGAGGCGAUGACGAGAUGCUGUGCCACCUUCUUCAUGAACCAACCAACAUCACAUUGGCAAUGGGUGAACAAGCCAACAUCACCUCCCAGAACUGGCCCGACUCGGCCGACCCGGCCAUCUACCAACUCUGGCAUGUCACCGCCCCCGAGGGCGCUCUGAUCCACUUUGACUUCCUUGAUUACGACCUUGGCGUCCAGUCCUUCAUUGUCUUCUCCGAUGGUCAUAUGGUGGGCAACCACUCAAACGAAUGGGCCCACUAUUUUCACUCAUUCAAUCCUGAAAUCCUUCUCUCCCAUGAGAACACAAUCUCGGUGCAGUAUUACAGCGGAGCUUACGUCGGAACCCGAGGCUUCUUCCUGUCUAUGAGGGCAGUGCAUGGUGGUCACGUACACCCUCCAUGUUCGGACACAGCUUAUCAAUGCGCUGCUGAUUCUGAGUGCAUUCCCCCAUGGUGGCAAUGUGACGGGUAUUUCGAUUGCUUGGAGGGAGACGAUGAAAUGGACUGCACAUACCCUACUCCAGGAGAAUGCGGUGUCCAACAAGACGAAUACAGAUGCCAAGACACAGAUAUAUGCAUCCCGGGGUACCUUAGAUGCAACUACUACUCAAGCUGUCCUGGCCACGAUGAUGAGUUUAACUGUACUUGUAAAGAGAGUGACUUUAGAUGUCUGAGCAGUGGCCGAUGCAUCCCGGGCUCUUAUCAGUGUGAUUUCUACUAUGACUGCACUCCAGAAGAUAGGUCGGAUGAAAUAGAAGGAUGCGGAACACCAAAUACACUAGUGCAAGAGAACCUUCAAGUGGAACAGCUUUACACCAUCUUAUCGACCAACUACCCAAACCCUUACCCUCCGAAAGAAUACCUGGUGUACAUCAUCUCUGCCCCUGAUGACUACGUCGUCCGUGUGAUAUUCAACGAUUUCUCCAUCGAUUGGAAAGGUUUCCUCGCUUUUGGUCACGGCGACGAUUACCACGAUCACGACCAAGCUUUUGCCGUGUACAACCAUCAUGACAGGACUCCAGUGAAUUUCUACACACCAACCAAUCAGUUCUAUAUUGUCUUCCACGGCGGUCCCUAUGGGCAAUCCACCGGUUACAACAUCAGUAUGAUCCCGAUAGAACAAGCAGUUACCCCAACGGUAAUCCCACCUGGUACGUGUGCACCAUUGGAGUUUGCUUGCUUCGAUGGAACUUGCUUCCCUGCAACAUUCGAGUGCGAUGGCAUUCAUGACUGUAUUCAAAAUGAAGAUGAAGCUAGGUGUACAGCGGUAGGAGGAACUUGCCAGCCACAUCAAUUCACCUGCAACGAUGGUGCUUGUAUCCACGAAUCAUGGCGAUGUGAUGGUAUCAUUGACUGUAUUAAUGAUGAAGAAAAUUGCCCUUGUCCAGACCACUUGUACCAAUGUGCCCCAGGGGAAUGUAUUUUCCCUCAUUGGCAAUGUGAUGAUAUUAUUGAUUGUUCAAAUGGAAAAGACGAAGCCACUUGCGGUACAUGUGAAGAGGAUGAAUACACUUGCAGUGAUGGGGCCUGCAUACCGGGGGUCUACAAAUGCGAUGCAUUCUAUGAUUGUUUUACUCUUUCUGACGAGAUGGACUGCGGAACGUUGGAAAACACCGUAAACAUUUCACUGUCUGAGGGUGAAUCCCAGGUGAUCCGAUCGCCUGGCUACCCUGUCCCACAUGACAGCGGCUGCUAUUAUCUAUGGAUUAUCACCGUACCGGACGGACUCUACGUCCACGUCACUUUCCAAGACUUCUCGGUCACCAUCUACACGUAUCUUUCCUUCGGGACCGGUGCUGACCCCGAUGACGUGGACUCGUUCUAUACCGCCUACUACCAUCGCACUGCUUGGAACGAGGUUGUUGUCCCGAGCAGCGUCGCUUGGAUGCAGUUUCACUGCGGGGGCUAUGCGAAUGGCCGAGGGUUUGACCUGACCGUCACAACUACAAACAUCACCACUCAUGAGUUUGCUGACUGCACAGCCGGGCAGGCACAGUGUUACGAUGGACACUGUAUCGAUACCUUCUCUCUUUGUGAUAACUACAGAGAUUGUUCAAUGGGAGAAGAUGAAGGUCAUGGCGCACUUGUGAACUGUUCUACCUACGAUUAUAGAGCAUGUGGCAACCAUGACAAUGAGUUUAACUGCAAUUUGGCGGGUGGAGUCGACUUGUGUAUCCAUGGCAACUGGCGAUGUGACUUUGUAUAUGAUUGCCCUAACAAUGCAGAUGAAUUGAAUUGUCCAAGAAAUUGCACUGAGCAUGAGUUUGAGUGUCCGGACCGUCAAUGUAUCCCAAAUGCUCAACGAUGUGAUUUCCAUGUUGAUUGCCUCACUACAAGUCCAGAUGAUGAACUUAACUGUGGAACACCACAAAAUACAGAAUAUAUCUUCUUAAAUGAGAACAUUACCACGCUGAUAUCGCCAAACUUCCCUGACGUCUAUCCAAAGAACACGUACACAGUAACCCACGUUUCCACCGUUCCCGGUAAAGUGAUCAACGUGACGAUCAACGCACUCGACCUCAGCCUCCUCUCGUACGUUGUAUUUGGCAACGGGACAGACACACACGACUUCGAUCAGAUCUUUGAGGUCUACAUGCACAGAAGUGUACCUCCUUCCUAUCUCCUAUCCCAAGGGCAUGAACUCUUCAUCGAGUUCUUCACUGGCAUCUACGCUCUGUCACAAGGAUUUAACCUCACUCUUGAGGCCGUCGAUGAACCACCCGAUGUGACGUUUCCACCUUGUGAGGACGAAACUGACUUCCAAUGUGCAGGAGAUGGGACGUGCAUUAUAGAUGAUUGGGUUUGUGAUGACAUAAUAGAUUGCGGAGAUUCCAGUGAUGAGAUUGGAUGCGAAGAUGUGACAUGUCAGCCGGACGAAUAUGAGUGUAUUGUUGGGCCGGGAUGUAUUCCUGAGAGCUGGAAAUGCGAUGGAAUCGUAGACUGCUGGUUCGGAGAAGAUGAAGAAGACUGUGGUUUUACAUGUUCUUUCUUUGAGUUUGCAUGUCAAGCUACCGAAACAUGUAUCCCAUCAUACUGGGCUUGUGAUUACUAUCCAGACUGUGAUUUAGGCGAAGACGAAAAAGAUUGUUUUGACUGUGGAGAAGGAUACUUUAAUUGCAGUGAAGGGGUCUGCAUACCAGACUACUAUGUUUGCGACGCAGAUAACGACUGCUGGAAUGAGGUAGAUGAGGAUAGCUGUGGAACCAUUGAAAACACGCAAUACAUCACUCUUGGCAAUGGUGAAGAGCGCACCAUCCAGUCCCCUGGCUAUCCUAACAUCGAUGCCCACGACGCGCUGUGCUAUGUUGAAUGGAUUGUCAACGUUCCCGACGGUUAUGCUAUUCAUCUCACCGUCAAUGUCUUUGCGAUACCUCCCGAGGCGUGGCUUCAGAUGGGUACCGGGGACGACGCUGACAACGACACCAGUCGCUAUGCCGUCUAUCACAUCGGGACGGCCCCAAGAGAGAUUGUUCUCCCUGAUAGCACCGCCUGGAUCACGUAUCACUGCGGAGCUGGGUCGGCUCGAGGAUUCUCUAUUACCAUUAGACCAACCAAUAUUACAACUCACAACUAUACAGCCUGUACAGCCGGGGAAUUUGAGUGCAACGAUCAUCACUGCAUCCCAUCUCAUUAUCAAUGCGAUGGCUUCAAAGACUGUUCUAAUAAUGAGGACGAAUACGAUCACUUGGGACGUGUCAACUGUUCAAACUUUGAUCACAAUGCCUGCGGAACAUUUGGAACAGAAUUUAGAUGCCCAUCGGGAGCCUGCAUCCAUUCCAAUUACAGAUGCAACGGUUAUUUUGAAUGUCCAUAUUCUACUGCCGAUGAAACAUCAUGUCCGACAUGUGGGGAGACAAAGUUUCAAUGCCCCCUCGAACAAUGCAUACAUGGGACUAAGCGUUGUGACUUCUUUCUGGAUUGCACCGAGGGCGUUGACGACGAACUCAAUUGCGGAACACUCAACAAUACAGAAUACAUCUAUCUGAAUCAGAAUGGCACAAAUAUUACAUCAGUAAACUACCCGGGUGUGUACGAACCGAAUGAUUAUUACGCGAUAAUAGUCCGCACCGAUCCUAGCCGAGUGAUCCGUGUGAUUUUCUACGACGUCAAUCUCGCCGUCAACACUUUCCUGGCCUUUGGGCGUGGGAGCGACACUCAGGACUUCAACAACCUCUUCCUGGCAUACACCCAUCAAUCGACCAUUCCCCCAGAAUUCAUUUCAAGCACCAAUGAGAUAUAUAUCGAGUUUCACGCAAAGAACUACGUAGCUUUAGCCGGAUAUCUCUUAGGGUUAGAAGAUGUAGACCCAACGGAUUUUACUCAUCCACCCUGUUAUGAUGAUGAGUUCCAGUGUCACCUCACUGGAUUUUGCAUUCCUCUUAUUUGGGAGUGUGAUAACUUCCCGGAUUGUGGAGAUGCCAGUGAUGAAUAUUUCUGCCAAGCACCAGUCGAUGGACAGUGUCAGGACCACCACUUCACAUGCAAUAACUCGAAUUGCAUCCGCGAGGAUUGGCAGUGUGACGGCGUUGAUGACUGUGAUGAUAAUAGCGACGAAGCAGGCUGCCCUUUUACUGGCUGUGGCGGUUCUUCAAUUUUCUUUGAAUGUUACAACAGCUCACAGUGCAUCUUUUAUACACAGGAAUGCAACCAUGUAGCAGACUGUGAAUACGGCGAAGACGAGAUCGAUUGUCCAAUUGCUGGAGAUUGCGGAGAUAACUUCUUUAUGUGUUCUAACGAAGCCUGCAUACCAAAUUACUGGCGUUGUGAUGGAUUCAACGACUGUUUUGAUAACGGUGAUGAAAUGGAAUGCGGUACUGUAGGAACUAUUGAAAGCAUCACCAUUGGUUUGGGCGAGACUGCAAACUUCACUUCCCCAGACUAUCCGGACCGCUACGAUCCACAUUGCUACAUCGGCUGGGAAGUCACUGUUCCGGACGGAUAUUGGGUGCGUUUCCAGUUCUACUCCAUCCAGCUGGUAUUGCAAUCGUUCCUGUCGAUUGGAACAGGCCUCGACCACAGCGACCAUGACACGAUCGUAGCUGAAUUCCAGCACAACCACGAGCCGAGACAGUACGUCGUCCAAAGCAACGAGGCUUGGCUUGAAUUCCACUGUGGACCGCACGCAGGUGGAGAAGGGCUCCUGGUUCAUGCUUCAGCCAUUGAUCCAGACAAUUACGUACAUCCAAAUUGCUCUGGCGAUGAAUUCCAAUGUGAGGAUGGGAAUUGCAUCGAGACCUUUGACCUUUGUAAUGGAAGAAAUGAUUGCUUGGGAGGAGAGGAUGAAGACCAAAAUUGUGAGAAUUUCAACCCAAAUGGUUGUGAUGUAGCAGGAAAUGAAGUUGUAUGCCAUUUCUUUUCCUCCGUCUACUGUGUGCAUAAUACAUGGAGAUGCAAUGGACGGUCAGAUUGCAUUUUAAAUGAGGACGAGCAUGGCUGUGAGUGUGAUGCUGGUCAAUAUGACUGCGGAGACCAUUGUAUCCCUGCUACUUACUACUGUGAUGGGUAUCCCGACUGUACUGAUAAUUCUGAUGAGGAUUCCUGUGCCAAUAUAAACAAUACAGGUAAGUCAUGCAUUCCUACCAUUUACCCGUAUUCUGAAAUGUGGGUUUACAAUUAUUUUCCAAUAGGACAAUUGAGUUAUACCUUGACCAAUGAUCCCAUCAUCAUCACAUCUCCCAACUAUCCUGGAGACUACCCCCCAAAUGAUGUCACAGUGACGCUUGUCACCGCACCAGAAGGAACGGCGGUGUUAGCGCAGAUAUUAGAUUUCAAUAUCAGCUUCUCGACAUUUCUCCUCUUCACGAACGAUCACGAGGUCAAUCCGGUAACCAGCGAUUUCAUCACAUCACUUGGUUACACGUAUGGAAGGGACUUGACAGAUGCUGAGUCGGAGAUUAUAUCGAAUAGCAAUACAAUGGCCAUUACUCUCUAUACAGGAUAUUACGGCCAAGCCCAUGGCUUCCAGAUUCAACUUUCAGCGGUAGAAGCGCCAACAUGUGCCAGUGAUGAGUUUACAUGCGAUGACGGCGACUGCAUCCCUGACUUCUGGGAGUGCGACGGAUUUCCUGAUUGUUUUGAUUUUUCGGAUGAAAUCAGUUGCCCAUAGCUGAUGGAAUUUUCGAUCCAGGGCUUUUCUCUUGAACUGGAAGAAAAGAAUCCAGGACUACAGGCGUGAUGUAUGAUUGUAAUUCAGACAGUGACUCUCCAUUAAAACAAAUGGCCCUUAA